AUGAACAGUUCCCUGGCUACACCUACCAAAUCUCAACAAGAUUUGUUCAGAAACCAAAUUGAGUCUCUUUCGUUUCCACCACGUUUGACACCUAAAGCCCAAGUUUUACGCAGGAGCGCAGAUGUUCCUCCAUUGAAACUUGGCACGAAAAGCGGAUACCGUUUCCCACCUCAGCACGACGUGGAUAGUGCCGUCUUUGACUCUCCAUCCAAGCCUUCAAAGUGUUCAUUUCGCUGCAACAAUCUAGGCGACAUGCAUGCCACCGUGUUAGAGAAUUCUCCCGAGCUAACGUCUGAUGACGAUACUUUGAGCGAUGACAGUAACAUGUGCGCCAGUGGCAUGAGCAGUCCAACGGGCAAUGGUGUUGUUGAUGACCUUGUUGGUAGUCCACCUUUUGCUAAAGACGGGUUUUUGUCUUCUGCUCUUUUGCAUUCUCGUCUGCUUAAUGAUGGGACUUUACACGACGAAACGAGGCUUCAAUGCGCUCCAAAGAAAUCUGACGUUCUCCCUCUUUUUAGCAAUGGGCUCAAGAGAUUACACCCCGGGAUCACAAUUGCCAAACCAUUACCACGCAGGAAUAGCCAACAAAAAAGUGACGCUAUCAAAUCAAUUUUGAAGAGACCUUCGAGUCCAGAUUCACUCAAUUACUUGGUUACCGCGACCAACGGUUCUCUAACUAAUGCUACCAUUUUCGCUACCGAAAUUAAUGCCAGUAGCAGGGAAGUGCCCCUACCUUCCAAUAAAUGGGAAAGAGUUACCAUUCCUGUUAAUGUUGACAUGAGAGAUCAGCUAUUACAAAAUCGCGCUAAGCUUUUCGGACACGAACCUGAGACCAAAUCAGUAACCGAAAAUGAUCAUAUGGGCGGGUCCCAGCGUAAAAAUGAUGCUGCAAUCAUUCGCGGCUACGAAUUUGACAUUGGAACGCCUACCUCGAACCGCAUCGCCAAGGAAAAUGCUGCCAUCAAACUCAACAAAGAAAGAAGGUUGAGAUGGGGUAAAGAGACAUAA